AUGCCAGAGCACUGGGAUCCCGAGAAACCACUGGUGGCCCGCCAGCCGUGGAAGCUCUUCUACUCACUCUACUUCAUCCUGUCUACUGCUGUCCGGGUCCCUAUCUGGGCUGCGACGUACACGAUUCCAUGGCUGCGGCCGGUACCAUCAUGGUCAUACAAGACCGCCCUCACCGUCAGCCUAUGGCGACUGGCAUUUCGGUUUCUAAGCAAUAUCCGCUUUCGCACUCCACAGCCUCUAGAGCCAGGUGCUGAAAAGGACUUGUUUGUUGAGCUCAAACCCGCCGCCGACUUGAAGGCCUACACUGGGCUUCUCGACAACGCCAGCGUCCAGCCAACCAGCGUGGGAGGGUUCUGGCUUCCAAGUCUCGAGUGUUUAUCGACCAUUUCUGCAAAUAACAAUGGUAACUCUAAUAUUGCCUCCAAAAAUUGGGUCAUUCUCCAUUUCCACGGCGGCGGCUAUGUGCUCAUCUCUCCGCGCGCCUCGACGGCUCAGCAAGGACCGAGGCAGCUCUGUGAAGAGCUUCCAGCUGACGGUGCUCUGUGCCUCUCCUACCGACUCUCCUCGAAUCCAGAUGGAAGCUAUCCAGCACCGCUCCAAGACGCAAUCACUGCAUACAACUAUCUCAUCCACGACAAGGGCAUUUCUGCUUCGAGAAUCCUCGUCUCAGGCGAUUCUGCUGGUGGGCAUCUUGCCAUCCUACUGCUCCGUCAUCUCAUUGCGCAUCCUGAGACGGGCCUGCCAUUACCGCGCGCCCUCCUACUGCACAGCCCGUGGCUCGAUUUAACAGCCAAGGGCACUGCUGUGGACUACAAACCGGGCUCGACGCAAGACUAUGUCUGCGACCCGUUUUUGGAAUGGGGCGCCACCACCUUCACGCCAAAAGGCGCAUCGCGCGACACAGAGUUUAUCAGCCCCGGGCUUUAUCCCUUCAAAAGCCCUGUGCCGAUCUGGGUAUCGUCUGGUACGGUAGAGAAAUUGUAUGCUGUUGUCGCCGAGUGGGUAGCCAAGAUGAGAGAUGCCGGUUCGACGAUUGAGUUGCAUGAUAUGAAGGACAUGCCGCACGACACCUUUGCCGUCUCAACCGAAUGGGACUUGGAAACCCCAGCGCGAGAAGCCAUUCGCGCAGCGAAGAGCUUUCUGGAGCGUGUUUUGUGA